CCUUUGGAGACUUUCUGACUUUUCCUCGCUUCUUCGGCGACGUCAAUUUCAACCCAGAUUUCAACCCCAGAGCUUCAAAGUUCAGCGCAUUCAGCACUCAGGCAUACCGCAUUCAAGCCAGCAUUUAAGCACUACGCACAACAGUUCCGACAAGUCCCCAAAGCCGCCAUCCUAACCGGCAGUUGAAGCACUAUCUACACUCUCACACCUUCGUCCCCCAUCCGCUCCGCAAGUGAUAUCAUCAAAAAUGAGUCGUCUUCCAUCCCUGCCCUCUGCACUGUCAGCACGUACAUACGCAAGCACUCACGUCGCAACAGCCGCUCUACUCGGUCUAGUCCUCGGUUGGGCUGUCCAACACUGGGCAGUUCCACAAUACAUCUGCCGGUUAGCAAGAAGCGGACGAGAAGUUUCUGGAGGAGCUGGGGCAGGGUUGAAAAAUAGCGGGGUAGUAGGCGAAAAGAGAGACGGUUCUUCAAAGGCGGCGGAGAAGGGUGAAGACAUCCUGAUGGAGGAUGUGGACGGCGAUGACGCAACCACCGACGAAACCGACACGGAUUCCGAGUCCGAGUCCGAGGCCGGAGGCACACGCGAGCACAAGAUGAUCCUAGUAGUUCGCACGGACCUGGGGAUGGGGAAAGGCAAGAUGGCGGCUCAGUGCUGCCAUGCUGCUGUGGCAGCAGUCGACACCGCUCGGAGGACACAGCCUGCCACUCUCAGGCGGUAUGAGCGGUAUGGAGCCGCCAAGGUGGCGGUAAAGUGCCAGUCGGAGGAGGAGCUGAUGGAGUUGUUUGUGAAGGCGAGGAAGGCAGGUCUGAUCGCGGAAUACAUUGAGGAUGCUGGGAGAACGCAGAUCCCGGAGGGAAGUCGGACUGUACUUGCUGUUGGACCAGGCCCAAUAGAAGCUGUGAAUGCCAUUACCGGUCAUCUGAAGCUACUGUAGAAAGGAUUCAGACGAAAGAUAUGGGGCAAUGAAAGGCUUUUACCUGAAUACGACGACUUUCGUAUGGAUGCUGUUGCUCAGCAAGUCGACAGAUGAGGAACUAAUUUAGCGCAUGGCGUAUGAAUAUCGGCGUAUGAUUAUCCCUGGAUCGCACUAGAUAAAGUAGAGAUCAACUAAUAUCACCGUUGUCUUCGAAACACCUUUUUACAAAACGUUGGGUCGACUGGAAGGAGAAAGAGUGGGAAGCGAUCGCUCUGAGGCCGUUCAGUUUUUUGUACAUACUGUACAUAUAUCACACCGGCCCCCCC